GAACAGCAGAGAGGUAGGGACGUCUUAUUUUAAAUAUUUCACAGAAGAUCUGUAGCUUUGAUUUAGGCAGAUACUUAUUCUUAUUCUAUUUCCCACAAGAAUCCAACAUCCUUAAACUUCUGCAAUGGCUUUUAGAGCAUUUACACAGACAAAAGUCUAUGAAAAGCAAGCAGCCCCAAAAGAAAAGGACAAAUCCAGCAUCCAGUGCCUUGAGUGCUAUGACCGGAAUUUGUAUAUAGGGACCAAAGAUGCAACAGUCCAGCAUCUCAUCAUUCCCAGUACCACAAAUGGAGACCCGAGUCCUGGCCAAAGUAAAACCAGAGAAGGUAGGGCAAGAAAACUAGGCUCAAGCAACCCAGUAUCCCAACUCAGGGCAGUCCCACUUUUCAACCAUCUGCUGGUCCUGUGGGACCGGAGCAUUAUAGCCCUCAACAUGUUCUCCUUAGAGCCCGUUCUGGCUCUGAAGAAGAUCCAGCAUGUGACUUUGUUUGAGGUUUGCGACUCAUUGCUCGAAUCCCAGACAGCCUGCGUUGAGAUGGUGACUUCCUCCAGCCGCAGGAGGAUUAUCCGGAUCCACGUGGUGGGAGUGGACCGGUGGGAGGUUGUAAAGGAAGUCACUCUGCUCCAGGACCCUGUGGCCUUGGCAGUAGAUGGUGCCAGUCUGUGUAUAGCUACCAGCGACAGGUAUCUCCUCUGUGAUAUUCAGACUGGGAGCAGUGAAGACCUUUUUCCUCACAGUCACAGCAGGCAGGGUGUCAUUGUUACCUCAGUGGGACAAGGGGAAUUCCUCCUGAACGGACCUGAAUCUUUGGGCAUGUUUGUGAUGAAGACAGGGAUAUGCCAGCGCCCUCCCCUGCAGUGGCCUCAGGAGGUGCUGGCAGCCGGAGUAUGUUUCCCUUACAUCCUAACCCUGCAGUCCCAAGUGCUAUCUGUCUACAGCAUGGUAGAUCAGCAGUGCAAACAGACUGUGAGUCUGAGCGGUGCAAAGGGUCUGCUCUCCAUAUCAGAUGGUGUGUUAGUGUUCACAGAGAGAGACAUUUUCAGCCUGCAUCUGGUGCCAUUCGAAGAGCAGAUCCAGGCACUUGUAAGGCAUGAGAGGGUCGAGGAGGCCUUAUUGCUACUAGAUGGAGUUCAAGGCCGUCGUCCACUUCACUCAUACAAGGAGCUGCAGAAGGCCAUCACUUGCUUGGCUGGAUUUGUUCAUUUUUACCAGCAGGGUUUUUCUGAGGCCAGAGAUCUAUUCAUUAAAGGUGAGCUGGACCCCAGAGAAAUCAUCCGUCUCUACCCUGACAUGCAGUUUUCACUAAUCGAGGACUUUCAAUCCCAGCUUGAUCAAGUGAAUAAAGGCAGGGAUCUCCAGGUGCUCUGGCAAAAGGACAGAAACUCAUUUCAUCAUUACCUGGGCUUCCUGGGAGAUUUUCUCAUAGCAGUCAGAGAGAUGGAGCAAGGCCUGAAGUGUAUUAAGGAGGUGGACUGCGCCCUCCUGAGGCUGUAUGUUGAACUGGGAGACACAGAAAAUCUGCAGCAGCUUGUAACAUUUCCCAAUGAAUGCAGACUGCAGCACUGUGCUUCUGUUUUGGAGCAACACAACAGAUUUUUUGCAUUAGGUUCUCUUUAUCAAAGCCAUGGAAAUCAAACUGAUGCAAUUAAGACUUGGGUGAAAAUUGCUGAUGGUGUCCACAAAGAUCCUUCUUGCUUAGAUGUGUAUGGACACAUCGUGUGGACUCUCAGUCAAUUGCAAGACAGAGAUGCUGUGUGGAAAUUUGCAGUCUGGACUCUGCAGAAAAACCAGGAGAUAGGUGUGCAGAUUUUCAGCAGGCGUCCACCAGAUGAUCAAAUUGAGCCACAAGAUGUCCUUGCUCUCUUGGAAAAGUACCCACUGGCAUUGAUUUUGUAUCUUGAGUUCUUAAUCUAUGAUUUGAACAGUGAGGAGGAGAGACAUCAUAACCGUCUGGCCCUGGCAUAUGUUACUCAGACGCUGCAAGAGGAAGAGGAAACAGAUUUGAGGAAGACCAGAGGGAAAUUGCAAGAGCAGCUAUGGGAAUCCAGAUUUUAUGACGUCUCCACUGUGUAUGAGAGAGUCAAGUCAACAUCCCUGCACAUAGAGAAAGCCAUUCUCCUUAGCAAGACUGGUGAACACUCUCAGGCACUGCAGGUGCUUGUUUACCAGGAGCGAGACCUCCAGGCUGCAGAGGCCUUCUGCUGCAGGGCUGCCCAGGACCAGGACUCACAGUUCAGGCAGACCCUGCUGCUCAAUCUGCUCCAAAUCUACCUGAGCUCCGAGGAUCUCACCAGCGCUGCCGUGGAUCUGCUUAACAACAACCCUCGGGUGUUUGCAGCAGAGAAGGUCAUCCAGCUCCUGCCUGAUUCCUGGUCUGUUCAACUAGUCUCCCAGUUCUUAGUUGGAUCCCUCAGAGAGACCUUGCACCAGAGGCAGAUGGCAAGGCUGCAAAAAGCUCUGAGCCAGGCAGAGCUCAUGCGGCACAAGGUCAUUUGGAUGCCAGCCUCCAAAACAAAGUUCAGACUGGACAAGGGGCAGAAGUGCAAGGUUUGUCAGAGAGACCUUGCAGAGCCACAGUUUCUCUGUAACCUCCACGGUGAGCUGAUGCACACAAGCUGCACUGGCUUUUGAGGACACAGAUAGACCAAUCUAUUGUCUGUAUAUGUAUAUGCAAAUAUGUGCAUCUCUGCACUCUUGACAAUUACAUUAAUUUCUGGCUGGAUAAGUGUCUACUUCCUAACUGAUAAUUUUUCUAGAUUAGACUCAUCUAGGAAAACUCUGUACAAGGAUUCAAUUCAUGGACCUUGAACCAGGCACUUUCCUCAAUUAGAAAAAAGAAAAUACAUUGUGUAAAUAACGGGUUUCAAAAUGCAAAAGAGCAAGCAGUGCACUUUUUCAGGGCGGCAUGUCUGAGCCAUUUCCUAGACAGCAAUAGCUAUAAAGUGAAUUGUAGAGAACACUCAGGGGCAUAUAUUCACUGAUCAGACAGUGGUGUUUUACAUGGAAACCAUCUGUGGUCAACCUGAUGACCAGAGGGAAUUUGACCGUCCUCCAUUGCUGUAUAUAUGCAUCCCCGCCAUCAUGGUUUCCACUGACUGUGUAUAUUUGUCUGCAUAAAGCUGGAAAUAGAAAGUCAACAACUGAGAGGCUGCACGUGAGAGACUUUUUUAUUCAACUCGUGCAUUAAUAUACAUUUAUGAUCUGAAAAAAAAAAGCACAAUUACAGGUUUAGAAAUGAAAAGCAAGCAGGUCGAGGAAGUUCAGAGUUUUGGGUCAUUUCUGUUAAUUUUACGAGCGACCAAAAAGACAUGUCUGUGCUGUGUCUGGAACAUGAAAUCAGAGGCAGUUUUUACCAACAUCAUCUCUAUGUUAUUAGGGAACACAACAGACGUACACUCCAAAUAAUAGCACACAAACUCCAGUGUGUACACAUGUACAGUAUGUAAAUCUUGUAAAUAAACUUGAACACGUAUCAUUAAGUUAAAUGACACUCCAGAUGUAUUUGUCUAUUUUUGUUGUAAUUUAGUCAUUAAGGCUAACCAUAACUGAGCGUAUUUAUUUAUCCUGAUGCAUUUUGGGACAGAAGUUAAGGAGACGCCUAAAGGAGCUGGAACAGUAACUUGUGCAUUUGGCUGGACUGCUUGUAAGUUUUUGGCCUGGGUUGAGUGACUAAUUGCAGUUUAGAUAAAUAGUGAAUUAUGAGCAUGUUGGAAGGGAUUAUGUCUUUGUGAUGCCCCUGCCAAGAUCUGUUCAGUUUUCCCUCCUAAUGAGGUUCUUGUGGGAGCUUUUCAUUGUUCUCACCGAGGGCCUGAGAGCAGUCCUUGUGUAAUGUUUCAUAGCGUGGGUGUUAUGAAGCCUCUUUAGAGAGUAACUAGGAUUAAGGGCUACAAGAAUACACUAAGCUUUGACUUCUCACUUUGAAUGUAAAUUUAACCUCUGACUCAUAGAUAAACUAAUUCAUAUCCCAGAAAACCCAAGAAAAUGACAUUUCUAGAUUUUUUUCUUUUAUGUGGUUGCAGGAAAAUUGCCAUGUCCACUCCUCAAUAUCGCGUCCUUGUAAUAUUGUUAAUCUAUGGAUUUAAUUGUAAGCACUCCUGGAUAAACCACUAAAAGGUAUCAGUGCAGAGAAAAACACAAAGCUUUGACUUUUUUCGUACUUGUUUUGCGAUGUGAAGGAGCCUCUCUCAGUUUAUGUGGACUGACUGUGAGGGGUUCUAUUCUGUGACUGGCUGAGCUUUGGGCCGUGCCUGAUGACCAGUGACCACUGGGUGGACCUGAAGCCGGGAUUAUGUCCACUCCUUUCCCCUCUCACGGACAUCCUCUGGGAGUAUUAAUGUUGUUUUGAACACCUGUGGUUAUGCUGUGCCUCAAAAAUGUUUUUCUCAUCUUUGAUGUUGACCAACAGCCAGUAAGUAACCAAAAUAUAAAAAUAUACAGACACAAGUACACCUUCUUCUGCAUAAAUGAAGACUCCAUAAGGCCUGUUUUUGGAUUAAUUUUUAUAAAACCUUUCUUAUCUGAUGCAUUUAGAUUCCCCUCUUAUUGUAUAUAAGAAGAUGAUUACUGAUGAGUACUUCCUGUUCAUGUGAAUGUAACACUUGCAAUCUGGAGUUCAGUGCAUGAGUAGGCGGGGGUUCUGGAUCACUGCAGGGUGCUGGCCAGAUGGACAUUUUACACAUGAGGGGAGUGGAUUGGAUGCAAAAGGGAACAGUUAUGGAUGAAAUGUCUGGAUACCCCCAGACAUUGGUCUCCCAUUAUAAAUAUGGGCUGCCACAGACUCAGUAAGGAAGGAAAACAAGAACAUUUUCUUCUUGUGCUUUUCUAAAUUUAAGAAGAAAUGUUGGCUGUCUGGACUGUAGGAUGUAAUUGUUUACAUGUUAACAUAGUUUUGUUUUGUAUGGACAAGGAAGAAAGUAAGACGCAUAAGACGUUUUUGCCCAUAAGUUAUGAGGGGUCCUCAACAUUUUUAUUAUUAGUUUGAUAUUUCAUGGUUUUUCCUAAUUUUAUGAGAAUUGCUUAUAAAUGUUAUUUUGAACUAACUAUUUCAGAAUGCAUUACUUCUGUUUGGGCACUCAGAGCCCACAGCUUUUAAGCAUAACAUAAAUACAAUUAUUUUCCACAUGCUCUAUAUCUGUGAUCGGUGCUGACAGUAUUUUUAAGCCGCACUAGCCUUCCCAAAUCCCAGGUCUGUUUAGACUACUUUUACUGGAGUUUUAUAAUUGUUUAUUUAUAAGAGGUCUAAAAGGGAAUUAGACCUCUAAGCUUAAUUGACCUUAAAUAACGUCAUUGUGAAGAAUGACAUAAUGGACAUUUCUUUUUCUGUAAAUUACCUUCUAGCAAACAAAAAUUUGAUAUAUUUGAAAUA